GUGAACGAAGUCGGAAUCCAAGCAGAGCGAUCUGAGGCUGAGAUACCUGCGGAAAGAAGGAAGGCAAGCUUCUGCAAUAGGGCUUGACUCCAAMGCCGGCGAACCAGCAACUGCAGAAGCAGGCAGCGGCAGAGAGGGAAUGGUGCGGGGAGGCGCCGAGAAGGAGGCGCAGUCCGUCCCUCUCAGGUUUUCAAACAAAAGACUAUUACCAGUUGGAUGGACACUAAAGGAAUCAAGACAGCUGAAUCAGAAAGUUUGUGUAGUAAAGAAAAUAACAAUACAAGGAUAGAAUCCAUGAUGAGUUCUCUACAAAAAGAUAACUUUUACCAACAUAAUGUGGAAAAAUUAGAAAAUGUUUCUCAGCUAAGUCAUGAUAAAUCACCCAUUGAAAAAAGCACUCAAUAUUUGAACCAACAUCAGACUGCAACUCUGGUUAAGUGGCAAAAUGARGGGAAACACACAGAGCAGCUUUUGGGAAGUGAACCUUCAACAGUGACUCUGGUACCAGAGCAGUAUAGUAAUGCUAACAUCAAUCAGUCACCCCAAACUGAUGAUCACAGUUACACAGAUAGUGACGAAGAUAAAGAUAAUCAACAAUUUCUGACACCUGCAAAGCUUGCAAAUGCAAAACAGACUUUAGAAGAUGAGCAGGCCAGAGAUGCCAGAAACCACCAGAAGUGUAGCAAGACUUGCCAUCCUGUAGAAGACUCUGCAGGUUGUCAGCAGGAGGAGAUAGAUGUGGUACCAGAGAGCCCAUUGUCCGAUGUUGGCUCUGAAGAUGUUGGAACUGGACCCAAAAAUGAUAGCAAGUUGAGUAGAAAAGAAAGUAGCCUAGGAAAUUCUCCAUUUGAGAAGGAGAGCGAACCAGAGUCACCGAUGGAUGUAGAUAAUUCCAAAAAUAGUUGUCAAGACUCAGAAGCAGAUGAAGAGACAAGUCCAGGUUUUGAUGAACAAGAAGAUGGUAGUUCCUCCCAAACAACAAAUAAACCUUCAAGGUUCCAAGCAAGAGAAGCUGACAGUGAACUUAGGAAACGGCACUCUAAUAAGGGAGGUGAAAUUAGAUUACAUUUUCAAUUUGAAGGAGGAGAGAAUCGCACUGGGAUGAGUGAUUUAAAUACCAGGCCACCUGGAAAUACUUCUAGCCUUAAUGUAGAAUGCAAAAAUUCCAAGCAGCAUGGAAAAAAGGAUUCUAAAAUCACUGAUCAUUUUAUGAGAAUGCCUAAAGCAGAAGAUAGAAGAAAAGAACAGUGUGAAGUCAAACAUCAGAGAACAGAAAGGAAGAUCCUUAAAUACGUUCCACCUCACCUUUCUCCAGAUAAGAAGUGGCUUGGAACUCCUAUUGAGGAGAUGAGAAGGAUGCCUCAGUGUGGAAUCCGGCUACCUCUCUUGAGGCCAUCUGCCAAUCAUACUGUAACUAUUCGGGUAGAUCUUUUACGAGCAGGAGAAGUUCCCAAACCUUUUCCAACACAUUAUAAAGAUUUGUGGGAUAAUAAGCAUGUUAAAAUGCCUUGUUCUGAACAAAAUUUGUACCCUGUAGAAGAUGAGAAUGGUGAGCGAACUGCAGGGAGCCGGUGGGAGCUCAUUCAGACUGCACUUCUCAACAAAUUCACAAGACCCCAAAACCUAAAGGAUGCAAUUCUGAAAUACAAUGUGGCAUAUUCUAAGAAAUGGGACUUUACAGCUUUGGUUGAUUUCUGGGAUAAGGUACUUGAAGAAGCAGAAGCUCAACAUCUAUACCAAUCCAUUUUGCCUGAUAUGGUGAAAAUUGCACUCUGUCUGCCAAAUAUUUGCACCCAGCCAAUACCGCUCCUGAAACAGAAGAUGAAUCAUUCCAUCACAAUGUCCCAGGAACAGAUUGCCAGUCUUUUAGCUAAUGCUUUUUUCUGCACAUUUCCCCGACGAAAUGCUAAAAUGAAAUCGGAGUAUUCUAGUUACCCAGACAUUAACUUUAAUCGGUUGUUUGAGGGACGUUCAUCAAGGAAACCAGAGAAGCUUAAAACACUUUUCUGUUACUUUCGAAAAGUCACAGAGAAAAAACCUACUGGGUUGGUGACAUUUACAAGACAGAGUCUUGAAGAUUUUCCAGAAUGGGAAAGAUGUGACAAACCCCUGACACGGUUGCAUAUUACUUAUGAAGGUACCAUAGAAGGAAAUGGACAAGGCAUGCUACAGGUGGAUUUUGCAAAUCGUUUUGUUGGAGGUGGAGUAACCAGUGCAGGACUUGUGCAAGAAGAAAUCCGCUUUUUAAUCAAUCCUGAAUUGAUUGUUUCACGGCUCUUCACUGAGGUGCUGGAUCACAAUGAAUGUCUUAUUAUCACAGGUACUGAACAGUACAGUGAAUACACUGGCUAUGCUGAAACAUAUCGUUGGGCCCGAAGCCAUGAAGAUGGGAGUGAAAGGGAUGACUGGCAGCGACGCUGCACUGAGAUUGUUGCCAUUGAUGCACUUCACUUCAGACGCUACCUCGAUCAGUUUGUGCCUGAGAAAAUGAGACGUGAGCUUAACAAGGCUUACUGUGGAUUUCUGCGUCCUGGAGUUCCUUCAGAGAAUCUUUCUGCUGUGGCCACAGGAAACUGGGGUUGUGGUGCCUUUGGGGGUGAUGCUAGAUUAAAAGCUUUAAUACAGAUACUGGCAGCUGCAGCAGCUGAACGAGAUGUGGUUUAUUUUACCUUUGGGGACUCAGAAUUGAUGAGAGACGUUUACAGUAUGCACACUUUCCUUACUGAGAGGAAACUGACUGUUGGAGAAGUGUAUAAGCUAUUGCUUCGAUACUACAAUGAAGAAUGCAGGAACUGUUCUACCCCUGGACCAGACAUCAAGCUUUAUCCAUUCAUGUACCAUGCUGUUGAGUCCUGUACAGAGACUGUUAACCAGCCAGUACAAAAGACAGGGACUUGAGGAGCCAAGUGAACAGAACCUCCUCCCACUGCUCAGAGACAUCCUGUUUGAAUUGUCAGGUGUAAUAUAUGAAUGACUUAAGUUAAUGUAAGUGUGUAUAUAAUCUACAUUUGUAGUCAAGGAUGUGAUCCCUUCUAAACAUAUGCAAUUGUCAGUUUGUACAUCUAAACUUUCCCCAUCCUGACUUAUAUGGGCUUAGAUAUGUUAUCUUUCCAUUUUCUUCUAUUUUAGUUUUCAUUCUUUGAUUUGUCUUUUGUCCAUCAGAUUUCUUGUAAAAGUCUCCAUGAAAGACUGUGCUCAGCUAUCGGGUUUCUUUAUUCAUGGAUGUAUAUUAUACAAAUUGCUUCUGCAGCUUGCAGAUGCCAGUGAGCCUGGGAAAAAAGUUAAAAUCCAGGAAUCUCUGUAAUAGAAUUUGCUACAAACCUCCCUGUGAACCUUUCAUCCCAAUACUAACAGGCUUAUGUUGUGUGAAUUUUUGAAAAUUAAGAAGUUUUUUUUUUCAUAUAUGUUACAUAGUGCACAUAUCCUAUGUUGUUCUUUAUUUAAAUCAGAAUAAUUUUCAGAAGUUAUUCUUUUAAUACAUCCACUUUUAUCUGUAUGGUUUGUCUAUCCAUUUUAUCCCAAUCAAUUUUUAUUGACACUGUUUCUAGAAACUGACCAAGAUGAAAGAAAAUGUAGAGUAAAAGAGUUUUCCUCAUAUGGUGUAAUGAAAACAAAUUCAAGAGGGUUGAAGAGUUUUGUUUGUUUGUUUGAGUUUUUUUUUUUUUUUUUUUAGGAUCAAUAUUUGUUCUGUGGUGCUUGAGGCAUUUCAUAUAACCAAAGUUUGGGAACCAGAAACUUCAUGCUGAUUUGUACAUAUUGAAGUUUUUCUGGUAUUCAUAGGUUAUAUAGUUGAUAAUUUUUCAUUAAUAAAUCAUUUGUCAGAAACUUCCAUAUCAUCUAUAUUUUAUAUACUAUAUAAACAUGAUCUUUAAGUGUUUAUGUGGAACACAUAAAAUCCAAAUAAAACUGCUGUGGGGAAUUUUAAGCUUUAUCAGGGCUUUGUUUAAAAUCUGUUAUUCACAACUUUGUUCUUUUAAAAGUGGCAACAAAAAUAAAUAAUGAAGUCUUUAGAAGAUUAAACUGAAAGCCAAAGUCAAGUCUUGUGUUGAGUAGAGUUUAAUCACAAAAGCACUUAUUUAGAUUUUCAAAAUAGUCCUAAAUUAUAGUGUUGUUCUGGUUUAUAGUCAAUUGUCAGGAAAAGCUGAUGGAGAUCAAAUCCUGUUAUAAGGAACAUCAGUAGAUGGCCUAAACUCCUGUUAUCAGCACUGGAAGAAAAAAAAAAUAGGGCCUAUGCCAGUAACUCUUUUCUUCUUCUCUCUUUCU